AUGUACAUUUUCUUCAUAAACCAUCCUGAGCUGAGCGCUUGUACUGACAUUAAGGAGAAGGAAGACUCGGAAAAGUUAAAAGAGGAAGAAGACAUGAAUAGAGGAUGGAUUCUUUUGGGCAUUUUAUGCCUCAGUUACGUUCCUUCCAUUGUUAGGGCAGGAAAGGCAGCUUGCCAUGAUCCAUUUUAUGGGAGAUGCUAUGGCAUCCCUCACACCUGUCCUGCUGGUUGUCCAAAGCUGUGUGAAAUAGAUUGCAGGCUCUGCAAGCCUUAUUGUUCUUGUGACAGGCCAGGAGCAGUGUGUCAAGAUCCACGAUUCAUUGGAGGUGAUGGGCUCAUGUUUUAUUUUCAUGGCAAAAAGGACAAGGACUUUUGCUUGGUGUCGGAUCCUACAGUUCACAUAAAUGCUCAUUUUAUUGGCAAGAGUGGCAAGAAGGGACGAGAUUUCAGUUGGGUCCAAUCUAUUGGGGUCUUGUUUGGUUCCCAUCAGUUAUAUAUUGGUGCAAAGAAAGUUUCCAAAUGGCAUGAAUCAGUUGACAAUAUGCUGAUCCAAUUGAAUGGAGAAGAGAUCAUGGUACCAGCCGGAAUGAGCAAAAGAUGGAGGUCACCAGUGACAGGGUUGAAGAAGAUCCAAGGUAUAGCUGAGACAAACAAGGUCAAGGUUACAGUGGAAGGGCUGGUGGAAAUAGAAGCACGUGUCGUUCCGAUUUCUUCAGAGGAAUCAAGGGUGCAUGGAUAUGACAUCACAGAAGAUGAUUGCUUUGCACAUUUGGAGCUCAAUUUCAAGUUUCACACUCUAAGCAAGAGGGUGGAUGGAGUCUUGGGGCAGACCUACAGAUCAAGUUACAGAAGCCGAGUAAAAUUGGCAGCUGCCAUGCCAAUCAUGGGAGGGGCAGAUAAGUUUAACACUUUGCAUCUGUUUGCAACAGAUUGUGCAGUUUCUAACUUUGGAUUGAAAAAAAGUAUAGCUGAGGGUGGAGAGCCACUGACUACUUAGUGUAGAAGUGGUAAGGCAGAAAGGAUUAAUCUGCAGAAGGUAACAAGGUCAAAGGAAAGAAUCAAGCACCUUGCAGUAAUAAAAUCAAAUCUAACGGUGAGCUUCUAAUGAAUUUAAGAAAUUUAUCUUUAUGGGGAAACGUUUCUUGUAUGACGUCUUUAAGAAACAUUUUCUUUUC